AUCUUGACAAAGCUCCUUCGUGAGAUUCUUCAACAACAAAGGCAAGAGGGGAGGUUCUUGAGUGGAGUGUUCAGAGGGCAAUGUCGAUUGAAGGAGAUGCAAGGAUCCAUUGCCAUUGAAAAGGAAGUAAGCAAGGACCAAACAAUCAGCGAUGAACCGGCGCACAGACAAAUGCCAGCGAGGUAG